GAAUGAGGGCAGAAGAUACGGUAAUUUACCUUUUCCCCUACGAUAUCGGAAAAAGACAAACUCUGGCAACAGCCGACAAGACUCGCGAUAGGAGGGUCGUCCAUGACGUUAUAGCCCAACUGGCGUUCCUAUUGGGCGACAGACAAUGACGUCAGAGGACAUUGACGUGUUUCCAUUGUUCAGCGUUCAUGAACUGAGUCUUCUGUAGGUUCUCUUGGUGGAAGGAUAUGCGCGGUGGUGAAUUGUGUUUACGAAUUUAAUCGUCUGAAAAAGAAAUCCUCAAUGAAGCCAGGGGGAUAAUUUUACAGUCACGUCCCUAGGAAGUGGUUCCCUUAACACGGAGUGAAGCCUAGGGGUUAGUGUAAGCGCGAAGUGCUCGAAGUCCGAGUCUUAGUCUUGAGUCUGAUCUCGUAUAGUGUUUUAGUGCAGUGCGCGAGGAGGAGUAGUGGUUGUUUUUGAGUAUGGCCAACAGCUCUCAAGAAGAGAUGGCGGCCGACCCAACGCUAUGAUAUGUGCAGCCACAGAUAGGGAGGUGGCUUGCAGGAGUGUGGGUGGCCCUGGUGGUGGAGUUUUAGGUGGAGCUGGAGGUGGAAUUGGCGGUGGAGGAGGAGGAGGAGGCGGAGGGCUGUUGGGAGCUGGCGGCGGAGUGUUUGCGGCCAUGCCCCUCUCUCGCACCCGAUCUUUACUUGCCAACAUUAACGGUGCGGGUUCGCCCAACGACACCACCAACACAACUACUACAACCCUCUCCAACACCUCCAGCAACGCCACCACUGGUACCAGCGCCUAUCUCGAGGGCGGGAGCAGCACCACCCACUUGCCGCCCUUAAAACCUCUGACCAUGAAGACUACAACCAGCGGCGCCCAGCCCAUCACUCAACUCUACGAGUUCGACGACACCAAUUCGAAUUCGGAGCAAAAUGGACAGCCCAAUUCGGUGUCGAGCCAAGUCAACACGGAUUCCUCUAGUUUACCUGUGGUGCGGCCGCCCUCGGCCGAUUCAAGUAGUCUUAAGAACGGCUCAACACGACAACCAAAGACAUACGUAGCCACGCCCGAGCAGGUUAUGAAGUAUUAUAUGAAUAAACUCACUCCUUACGAACACAAAGAAAUAUUUAAUUACCCUCAAAUAUACUUUAUAGGCGCCAAUGCGAAAAAGCGGCCCGGUAUCAUCGGGACGGGGAACCAGGCCAUCGCGAAUAACUACGGGUACGACGACCACCAGGGGUCGUACGCACACAUUCCCCACGACCACAUCCAGUAUAGAUACGAGGUGCUCAAAAUCAUAGGCAAGGGGAGUUUCGGGCAGGUGGUGAAGGCCUACGACCACAAGAGCCACCUGCAUGUGGCACUGAAGAUCGUUCGCAACGAGAAGAGGUUCCACAGGCAGGCGCAGGAGGAGAUCCGAAUCCUCGAACAUCUCAGGAAGCAGGACAAAGAUAACACCAUGAACAUCAUCCACAUGUUCGACCACUUCACCUUCCGCUCCCACACGUGUAUAACCUUCGAACUGCUCUCGAUCAACCUGUACGAGCUCAUCAAGAAGAACAAAUUCAUGGGAUUUAGCCUACAGCUGGUCAGAAAGUUCGCCCACAGCCUCCUGCUCUGUCUCGACGGCCUCUACAAGAACAAGAUCAUCCAUUGUGAUAUGAAACCGGAAAACGUUCUCCUCAAACAGCAGGGACGCAGUGGCAUUAAGGUCAUCGACCUUGGAUCGUCGUGCUAUGAAAACCAAAGAGUGUACACGUACAUCCAGAGCCGCUUCUACCGUGCACCGGAGGUCAUCCUAGGAGCAAAGUACGGCAUGGCGAUCGACAUGUGGUCCUUAGGAUGUAUCCUGGCGGAACUACUCACCGGAUAUCCUUUGUUACCAGGAGAGGACGAGGCAGACCAACUGGCGUGUAUCAUUGAGCUUCUGGGCAUGCCCCCGACGAAGCUCCUGGAGCAGAGCAAGAGGGCCAAGAACUUCAUCACCAGUAAGGGUUACCCGAGGUACUGCGUCACCAGAACCCUUCCCGACGGAGCCACGAUCCUCCACGGCGGGCAUUCUCGCAGAGGAAAGCCCCGCGGGCCUCCGGGAUCCAAAACCCUACAGGUCGCUCUCAAGGGCUGCAGCGAUCCCCUGUUCCUGGACUUCAUCCAGCGCUGCCUGGACUGGGACCCGGCGACGCGGAUGACGCCCAACCAGGCUCUCAGGCACGGGUGGCUGAGGAGACGUCUUCCGAAGCCGCCCUCGGAGAAGAGCGACUCCCCAGCGUCCACUCUGCGGACACCUUCAUCGUCGUCGUCAUCCCGCACACCUUCGUCAGCCACCAAGCUCAACACCAUCGCCACCUCCGCCACCAAACUGCGUGCCACCAUCACUGACGACGGAGGGGCCUCCACUCUCCACCCGCGACAUCACACCAAACUGCCCCAGAUCACCAAUCCAGUGACCUGAGCAUCGCCUCAGCCGCCCAUAAAUGCCAUCAUCAUUACUUCUACUACAUUUAGUACUAUGAUUACUACGACUUCCUACUACUGCUCCUACUACUGUUAUUACUACAGCCACCACCAAUACCACUCAUGAACUCCUCCUCCUCCGGCUCCUCCUCCUUGUCUCUCCUUCAGAGCCAGUGGUGCGGCCGCCAGAGCCCUCGGCUGCCUGAUUCCCGCAUGCAGCGAGGGACUUCUUCUUAGCCGCUCACAUAUCACCAGACCAAAGUGCAAUUGUCGCAGUAUUGGGCGCAUGCACAGUGAUGGUGGCAGGUGGGCGGGGUAGUGUGUGAGGCGGGACACUCGCCCAAGCCACGUAUCCUCUCAGGCGCCCAUGUCUGCCGCCACGCCCACUAGUCGUCUUAGCACAGUCUAGGGUCACGUCUAUGGACUUGGACUGAUGCUCCUGAGGUGUCCCUCCCUCUUGCCUGCCAAAUCUUGUUCGUUUUUUUAUGACAAUUCUUUCCUUAGUUGUUAAGUGAAAACCUGCUGGUCACGUUAGGAGGAUUCUUGACCAAGCACGAAUUUAGCAGCGGAAAGCAGAAAAAAAAAAAGAAAGCAAGUGGUUUGAAAAGCGCGAGUAAGUGAGAGGGGAGGGAGGGAGGGAGGGAGGGAACCCCAGAGAUUACUUGGUUGAUAUUACAACUUUUCUAUGAUCUCGCCUUGUUCACAAAAACAGGGGCGGUGGUGUGGCUGGUGUUGGGCUGGCUGGUGCUGGACACUAUUUGAAAGCCGCCCACAUCACAUCUAAGCCCUCGUGUGUGUGUCUCUCUCUGUCUGUCCAUCUCUCAGUCGCUGUUAUGAACAGAAGGCCGCCCACCGCCCACGGCCACACACACAAACAUACACACACCCACAGUCACUUUCUUGUUUGCUGAUGCAAUCAAAAAAACUCUGGUGUGAAUGACUGAAGAAAAGAAAUUUAUAUACUCAUUUUAUACUUAGCACAAUGUUAUGAAAUAUAUAUAUAUAAAUAAAUAUGUAAUAAAGUCAAAUUCAACGAAAAAAGAUGCGUUCACUCAAAUUCUCCCGCGUUGGAAGGACAAGCAAGCAAGCAAAAAGUGUUUCAUACAGAAGACAAUUGAAGUUGUUUCGAAUGAAGUGAAGUAGUAGUACUUGAUAUUAUGUAACCGAUCUAUAUGGCAAGCUCUCUUCUCACUUGGAAUUGGGGAAGUAGAUAAUGCAAAAAACAUUUUUUAUACUAUUGUGGCAGUUACUUUCAAAAGUUAGGGCACAUGAUAAUGCAAUGGUAAUGCACACUUCUUUUUUUUUUGUUACAUAAAACACUAAAGCUCGUAUCCACCAAGAUGCACAUCCCUGGCUUGUACAUUAUACUGUGCUGUAGCUUACAUGCGCUCUUGUUCUCCCAAAGAUAAAUUCAGCAGCCCGCAAACCAAUAUGCCAAAAAGGAGGACCUGGGGCCAAUUUUCUGGCGACGUGCCCUGUGACAGGGUUAUUGUGGCUCUCUGGCUAAGUGCCCAAAGAGUUGUGGCUGAACACUCUCUCUCUCUCUCUCUCUCUCUCUCUCUCUCUCUCUCUCUCUCUCUCUCUCUCUCUCUCUCAAAACGUAUAUUUUCAUACAAUCUGUACAUAGCAAUUGUUACUUUAUGGCAUUUUUAAUUUAUGUAACGUUGAUAGAUGAAAACCCCUACACAAACUCACACGUGAAUGAAUCUCAUCACAAGGAAACGAAUAAACACAGAUCAGGAUCCAUUCUCCAUUAUCACUCGUGGAACCAUUACCAUUGCUGCGUCACGCGUGCCCUUACUUACUUUCCAUGCAUUCAUGUAGAAAGAAGAGGUGUGGAAAAUGGAAAAUGAAAAUAUAUAUAUAUAGAAAAUUGGAUGUCUGAGUGGCAGAGCUGACGUUGGAGUCCCAAGUUCCUACCCAGGGAAAGACUUGAGUUUGUAAUAUUGAUUUGGAUGUCAUUUUCUCCUGUUCUUUUUUUUUUUUUAAUUCGAGUUACCCUUAGAUUACUAUUGUAUAAUAUAAGCUUUUUUUUCAUCUCUCUCUGUCUCUCUCUCUCUCUCUCUCUCUCUUGGUUUUCGGAGUUCCCUUAAAGUCACGUUUCUCCAUAUUGGACGAAACAAUUGUUAUAAUGAGGGAAUUCGAUGGCAGAUGAAAUGUAUGUACACUUACAAUGAAGACUUUGUUUCUUUGGCAUUUAAGUAACUGAGGGUGAUUUUAUUUGUACGUGGAUGUACUCUGGAGAGGAGGCUUCACACUGCCUUUUUUUGCUCAUAUGAUAGUGUAUGAUAAAUAAUUUUACAGACUCAUUCAACAAUGUGAUAACUCGCACUUGCAGCCCGGGAACGGCUGCGAAGGUGAAGGCUAUCAUAAGCAAGGUGUUCUCUUUUUUAUUAAUUUUGUGUUUUAUGAUAGUAUUUAUUUAUGAUUUUUCUUUUCUUUUACUCUGACAAUCGUGGCUGUCUUCACGCCUGCCAAAGUUUUAAAACUGCAUCUUACGGGUUAAUCAGUCAUUAAACGUCAGACAUACUAUUGUUACUACUACUACUACUACUACUACUACUACUACUACUGCUACUACGUUGUUUGUGUGCAAGUGUGAGGACUGUGGAAAUCAAGGUGUGUCAAGAAGAAGAAGAGUAACAUAACAAAGAAGUGGUAAUGUAAGAGGCUGUUCUGUAACGGAAUUUUAUUUAUACAAACAUGUUGCUAAUGAGCCGCAGCCUAGAAUCAGUCCUGGUGUGUUUUGAUGAUAAAUAAAACGAAGAAGGGCAGACAGUGCAGUUGAUAUGUUGUCCUCAGAGUGUGGAAUUCAUGAAAUGAAAAGUUAAGUUGUUCAGUAGUCAGUCUAUGAGGAAGAAGCACACACACACACACACUUUAAUGUAUACAGAUAUGUAGAUACGUGUGUAUGUAAAAUCCUCAGGAGAUAGAAGUGUUACUGUGUGUAAAAAUUUUUGUAGUAACCUGUUUUUUUCUUUUUUAUCCACAUGUAAAGUGCAAUAUUUUUUAGGUAACAUUAUACAGCAAAGGUGGACGGUUACUGUGAAAGAAUCAUUAGGAUCUCAUAGAAAUAAUGAUAAAUAUAACCAUACAUCACAAACCUGCUCAACUGUGCAGUCAAAGAUCCACUUUUCUUUUUCACUUUAACUGGGUAUGAUGCAUGAUUUGAGGUGAAUGACAUUUUGCUCCAAGAAUAUAUAUUGAUAAACUGUCGUGAAGACACAAGAGUUGACAAUUGUUUGUCUCACACACUCACACAAACAAAUACAUGUGAGAAACUAAACAAAAAUUUGUAGGGAAAGAAAGUUUGGACAUAGGUUGGAUGUUUCUAGAGUAGUCAAGAGAUCAGUGUUGCCAUCUCAGUAUGCCAGUGUUUGCCAUCUCUAGUGUGUGCAUACGGUUGGGAUGAGGAGUGUUCGUUCCAAAUGUGAAUAUUAGGACUCAAAAAAUAGAAGAAAAAAAAAAUGAUUUCUCAAUGAUCAGAGGCAGACACAUUUACAGAAACCAUGACACUUACGUACAAACAGUCUCUUUAUUCCUAUUAGGUAGAUUGUAUCCCUAUGACUCUAUUCUGUACAAAGACUAGUGACGUUGAUUUAUUAGUGGAAACUGACAUAUCUGUCGCUAAGUGGCUCAAGAGUGACAUUCACAGGGGAAGAGUUAGGAAAGAGGAUGGAACAUUUCGUGUCCGAUAUCUUUUGCGCCAGGAAAACACAACAGGUGAACCAGAAAAGAAGGGUGAGGGAGUAGGGGAGGGGCUCCUCAUUGAGGGAGUAGGGGAGAGCUUCUCAAUCUUCCCUUUUUUUGUAAUAUACAUCACAGAUUAGCAGUGGAAACCACAGCCUAUUAUAUCACGAUUCAAGGUAGUUUUUAAUCGCACAAAAUAAUUUUCAAACCUUUCUUUUUUUAUUUCAUAUUAGUGUGAUCAAAUUUGCCUUUAAAAACAAUAGCAUAUCUCAUGAAUGGCUGGUGGAGUAUUGAUAAUACAAGCGAACCACAUCUGUUAAAUGAAUUUUGGCUAAAACUCGGGACAAUCAGACACUAUUUCUCUCACUUUAUUAUAACUUUCGCGGGCAUAUGUUGGUAUUUCCAUCUGCAUUUCAGCGCGAGGCAUUUGCACUGAUCAACAAACACUGUACUGACGAUGACUGUCACCAUUUCAGUAUUAGAAACUAACGAACUCACUCAACCGAUGACUGACUGACCCAUAAGACCAGUGUGCAAACUCAAGGCAUCAAUUAAUCAUGAUCACGAUUUAAGUCUUUGAUUUUUGUAACGGGGGAAAUUGAGCAAAACUAUUACGAGAUACGGCAAUGUAUGUCGAUCUUAAUUUACUUUACUGGGCAAACGGUAAUACACGGUAUUUAAAAAAAGAAGUUAGAGUAAUUUUAUAAUUUUAUUGAGUGAUUUUCAGUUUCGUUUUAGGGUAUUUCGCAAGAUAGACACUUUUCGUUGUGUACUUUAUCUUGACAAUCUGUUCAGAGGAGAUAUAUAUGGAAAAAUGUGUUAUGUUGAAAGAUCUUCACCAGAGAGAAUUUUUAUUUGAAAGUUAAUUGAUUGGCUGCAAUUUUUCCUCUUCUUUGGUCCUGUGGAACAGCCAAGUGGUACGAUUUUAAGUUAAUUAACAGAAUUUAACUCUGGAAAUCAGAACGUGAAGCCGUUAUACUUUAUUCUCCUCAAAAUAAGUGGAUUUAUUUAUUCUGUGCUACAAAGGAAAUAAUUCUUUCUCACAAUUUUGCACGUACAGGUAUCACAAGUGAUUCCUAGGAAGCAUGAAAAAAUUGGACGAAUAAUUUGUAUUUUGGUGGGGUUUUCAAAACAAUAUAGCAUGUAAAUUAAAACGUUGUACAGGUAUCACAAGUUCGUUUCUAUUAACGUAUGCUUGUAGUGGCUUUUUUUCCUCUCUCAUGCGUCUACCUGUAAUGAAACGCCAAGGAACAAUCUGAGAGAGAAAAAAAGACGUUUCCGUUGUCAAAUGGCUACGUUUUGUUGAAGUAAUAAGGCAUUAUCAGUCGCGUUUGCAGCUCAGUCAAGCCGCCCGAUAAAACGAACUUGACCAGACGGACUAUUAUAACGCAUGACUUGAACACCUGAACAAAGUUUCUUUACGUCUACGAAAGAUUCGAGAACUGCUGCAGCAGCAGUGGUGGUAAUGAAUGACUUGGCCACGCUCUUGACCGAUCCUCGUCCCGACCGAUGUAUGUGUGCACGUUUUUUUAGGGCUUUCGGCAGUGUACAUAAAACAAAACAAACAAAAAAAAUCUUGUCACAAAUGUACAUAGGAGGCCAAAGUGCUGCUGCCCUCUGUGUUGUGUUUCCAGCCCCUCUGUACAGUUCAUUCAUCUGUGGCUCUGAGUCCUGGCUUCACUCAGUCCUUUACUCUUUUCCUCUCUCGAGUUCAAUUCUCCAGGAGAAAUCCUAAGACCACUUUUGUUCAUCAGGUGUCAGUUUAAAUCUCAAUUCAGUUUUCUCUCUCAAUCUUUGUACCUGUCAGGAUAGAGUCCUCCUAUUUUCAAUAUUACCAGAUAUGAUCUUUUAUUUGUCUCGUCCGUAACUCCUCCAACGAGCUAGCUAGCUCUCUCUCCCUGAUGAAUGCAACUCCAAACUGCUUCUUGUGUAUUAUCCCCCCCUUCCCCCCAGCACUCAGGUGAUGAGCAGUUGUUCAUGUGCAUGUGUGAUGCAUUUGUGCACUUAAGAGAGCCCAGGAGCUCCGCACAUCGUGACACAUGGUACUCAUCAUCAAAAUACCAUCCCCAUCCUCAUCAUUAUUGUCAUCAGUACCAUCAUCAUCAUCUUUGAUCUUUUCAUAUCUUCUGUACUUUGUAACUUUGGUGAAGACGGUAGUGAAAAAAAAGAAAGAAUAUCUCGUAGCUUAUAUGCAGUGGUUUUAAAAAAAAUUGUUUUUCCUGCUAGUUUUAAUUUUGAUUUCUUCAUCUGGAAAGCUGCUUCGAGGGAGGAUACAACCCAGGAGCUGCUGCUGUCUUCAUCAGCCAUACAGGGUGAUACAAAAUUUUCCUCAUUCUUAGAAUUGGAAGGGGGAAAGCCGGAGGGAGGGAGGGAGAAAUGGUGUGAAGGAGAAAGAGAGAAGAGAGAGAGAGGGAGAAAGAAAGAAAGGAAAGCCUUUUGUUGGCACUUCAGUUCUCCUCUUUCUCUCUCUUUCUCCGUGUCUCUCCCUCCCUUCAACACUUCUCCCUCUUUCUCAUUGUCCUCUUGUAUUUAAAUACUGUACACAUGCUGUAAGACAUUGUAAUAUAGAUGUCAAAAUAGUUGAUCAGUUUUGUGGAGAAAUACUGUACAUAAUUUUUGUAGGAGUGUUGGAGACCCUUGUACAACGCUCACCGAUCAACCCAAGAUGAUUCAAAAUGGCAAAGUGAAUGUGUGUGUUUUUUGUAUGGAUCAAUGAAAAUAGCCCAGUGACUCCUGUAGGUCCCUUUGAACCCUCUAUGCUUCUCUCCCCCCCCACCCCUACCCAUCCCCCCGGCCCCGAAAUCCCCAUCCAUAAUAUUCACCUUUUCACCUCCCUAAUCCUCCUCCCUUCUCCCUCACCCGUUCAGAUGACCUCCCUGCCUUUUGAUAUUUUUGUCUUAACAAAAAUUCACAAAAGGUUAAUAGAACAGCAAUGAUUUCAGCAGUAUAUAAAUAUAUAUAUAUAUUUAGAAUAAUGCAAAAUAUUUCUUACCGACAUGUCGUUGGGAAAAACGUCUUUCUUUUUUAUUAAUUUUGUGAUAACUGUAAACAGUACCGUGAAACUGUAUGCAAGAGAGGAGAAUUUGUAAAAAAAAAAAGAAAAAAAAUAAUCCGACCUGAAGGCUGGAUAAAAUACAGACUAGGUUAUGUAGGAACAUAAUUUCUGUGUUGUUAGGCAUCAAUAAAAAGAAAAUGAUCCAUA